AUGCCGAACCGACAGAAGCAGGUUCUGUUCUCCUGUGCCGGACUCGUCGGACUCUCCUGCGCCCUGAUGGCCGCCGUGGCCACCGGGCUGCCCUUCUGGGUCCGCGGCUCCGUGCUGUGCCGAACCGGGGCCGAACUCGUGAACGCCACGGGACCAGAACUGGAGAAGUUCGUGGGGGAGCUGAGCUUCGGGCUGUUCCACGGACAGAGGGUGAAGCAGUGCGGCCUGGGGGGCCGGCCGGCCCGGUUCUCAUUCUUCCCAGACCUCCUGAGCGUGAUCCCUGCAGGGCUCCACAUCAUCAUCAUCUUCUUCUGUGGUGUCGUGGUCAUCUUCUCCUCUGUGGCCUGCGGUUUCUUCUUCUUCAACGCUUUCGGACGACCUUACGAGACGCUGCUGGGCCCCAUGGGACUGUAUCUGUGGAGCUCCAUCUCAGCUUCCUGCAGCUUCCUGGUGAUGGUUCUGUUUGCGUCGGAGCUGAAGAUCCACCAUCUCUCUGACCGGAUCUCCAACUUCAACGAGGAGAACUUUGUUUUCAAGACGUACACGGAACGCUACGACCGAAGCUUCUGGCUCUUCCUCCUCAUCUUCUUCCUCCACGGACUCAACGUGGUUCUGAUCCGCCUGGCAGGAAUCCAGUUCCCCUUCCAGGAGAACAAAGAGGUGGACCUGAGCGGCGGGGCAGCCGACCUCAUGUACUGACGGGUCGACCCGCUGCAGGUGCUCGGUCUAAAGGUCGAUCAGAGAACUGAGAGAUUCGGGACCAGACGGGUUCGUCUCUGGUCUCCUGGUCCCAACAGAACCGGUCCAUCUGAAGAGGAGGUCCAGGACCAGAUGGGUUCAUCUCUGGUCUCCUGGUCCCAACAGAACCAGUCCAUCUGAAGAGGCGGUCCAGUGGAGAAAAUAAAAAUGUUUUAAAUAAAA